GCGGCUAUUAAACCUAAAGAAGAAGAGUGACGUUUCAGACUGACGAUUCAUGUUUUCUUGUUGUUACAGACUGAAUCCGAUAACUGGAUAAUGUUGCCUUCAGAUGCUGUAAACGGAGACCUGAUGGAAGUGAUGGAGAAAAGUGAAGAACUGAGUGAAGUUGAGGAGAAACAUCAUGAUUUCAUCACUGGAGAAACAUCUUUGAAUUGCUUACAGACUGAACAUUUCUUACAAAACAGCACUCGAAAAACAAAAGCCAUAAACUCUUUCAUCUGCCCUCAUUGUGGAAAGACUUUCACACAUAAAACAAGCAUUAAGAGGCACAUAAGAAUUCAUUCUGAAGAGAAUCCUUUCACAUGCCAACAGUGUGGAAAGGGUUUCAAACAUAAAGAUAACUUGAAGAGGCACAUGAUAACCCACACUGGAGAGAAACAGUUUGCAUGUGAUCAGUGUGGAAAGAGUUUCAGACAAAAAGAAAACCUUAAGAGCCACAUGAGAUUUCACACUGGAGAAAAACCAUUUGCAUGUGUUCAGUGUGGAAAGAGUUUCAGCCAAAAAGAAACCCUUCAGAGACACAUGAGAGUUCACACUGGAGAGAAACCUUUCACAUGUGGUCAGUGUGGAAAGAGUUUUGCAUGUAAAUUAGGCCUUCGGAGCCACAUGAGAGUUCACACUGGAGAGAAACCGCACACGUGUGAUCAGUGUGGAAAGAGUUUCACGCAAAAAGGAAACCUUAAGGAUCACAUGAGAAUCCACACUGGAGAGAAACCGUACACGUGUGAUCAGUGUGACAAGAGUUUCAGACUCAAAGAAACCCUUCAAAGCCACAUGAGAGUUCAUACUGGAGAGAAGCCAUUCACAUGUGAUCAGUGUGGGAAUAGUUUUGCAAAAAAAGAAACUUUGAAGAGCCACAUGAGAAUCCACACCGGAGAGAAACCGUUCCCAUGUGAUCAGUGUGGAAAGAGUUUCACACAAAAAGAAGCCUUGAAGAGCCACAAGAGAAUUCACACCGGAGAGAAACCUCACGUAUGCUAUCAGUGUGGAAAGAGUUUCAGACAAAAAGAAUACCUUAAGAGCCACAUGAGAGUUCACACUGGGGAGAAACCAUACACAUGUGAUCAGUGUGGAAAGAGUUUUGCGUGUAAAAAUGGGCUUUGGAGGCACAUGAGUGUUCAUACUGGACAGAAGCCGCACACAUGUGAUCAGUGUGGAAAGAGUUUCACACAAAAAGGAACCUUUAAGAAUCACAUGAGAAUUCAUACUGGAGAGAAGCCGCACACAUGUGAUCAGUGUGGAAAGAGUUUCACAUGUCAAAAAGAAACCCUUAAGAGCCACAUGAGAGUUCACACUGGAGAAAAGCCGCAUGCAUGUGUUCAGUGUGGAAAGAGUUUCACGAAAAAAGGAAACCUUAAGAGCCACAUGAGAUUUCACACUGGAGAAAAGCCAUUCGCAUGUGUUCAGUGUGGAAAGAGUUUCAGUCAAAAAGAAAACCUUAAGAGCCACAUGAGAGUUCACACUGGGGAGAAACCUUUCACAUGUGUUCAGUGUGGAAAGAGUUUCAGUCAAAAAGAAAAUCUUAAGAGCCACAUGAGAGUUCACACUGGAGAAAAACUGCACACAUGUGAUCAGUGUGGAAAGAGUUUCACGAAAAAAGGAAACCUUAAGGAUCACAUGAGUAUCCACACUGGAGAGAAACCGUACACAUGUGAUCAGUGUGACAAGAGUUUCAGACUCAAAGAAACCCUUCAGAGCCACAUGAGAGUUCAUACUGGAGAGAAGCCGUUCACAUGUGAUCAGUGUGGGAAUAGUUUCGCAAAUAAAGAAACUUUGAAGAGCCACGUGAGAAUCCACACCGGAGAGAAACCGUUCACAUGUGAUCAGUGUGGAAAGAGUUUCACACAAAAAGAAGCCUUGAAGAGCCACAAGAGAAUUCACACCGGAGAAAAACUUCACGUAUGCUAUCAAUGUGGGAAUAGUUUCGCAAAAAAAGAAACUCUGAAGAACCACGUGAGAAUCCACACCGGAGAGAAGCCGUUCACAUGUGAUCAGUGUGGAAAGAGUUUCACUCAAAAAGAAGCCUUGAAGAAACACAAGAGAAUUCACACCGGAGAGAAACCUCACAUAUGCUAUCAGUGUGGAAAGAGUUUCAGACAAAAAGAAUACCUUAAGAGCCACAUGAGAGUUCACACUGGGGAGAAGCCGCACACAUGUGAUCAGUGUGGAAAGAGUUUCAUGGGUAAAAAUGGGCUUUGGAGGCACAUGAGUGUUCAUACUGGAGAGAAGCCACACACAUGUGAUCAGUGCGGAAGGAGUUUCACACAAAUAGGAACCUUUAAGAAUCACAUGAGAAUUCACACUGGAGAGAAGCCUGUAGGAUCGGAGUAGUCCGGCAGAAGGAACAUAAAAGGAAUCAACACAGAAUCACACCAAGAUGGCAUUCCAGGAAAUACCUCCUAACAGUUAAGAAGCCAGGAAUGCGGACUGGCUCCAAGGAGUCUGAGCUGACCUGCAUCUGGCCAGUAAAACUCUCAACGAAAAAAGGAGACUUGUCCAGAAGAGCACAGACCAGAAAAACCUCAUGUUAAUAAUCAUGCAUAUGACUUAAAGGCCAUCUUCUGAAGAAACCCCCAUGGAAAUCUAAGACACUCCUUUGUCCUUCGAUUGAACCAAUUUGACACACUUAUAAAUGAGACAUUUCCUGUGUCACAUGUGUGCAUUUCCUUUACGAGACAAGAGAGAGCUUGAAAACUGUCUUUGGAAGGAUUGCUUUGAACUCUUUUUGUAGGACAUCUCAUCUUAAUCCAUGAACAUUUCACACAGUCACAGUACUUUGCUGAUUUAACCCUAUAAAAUGCACAGAAUCUCCCUUUUUAUACCAAAAAUUGAUAUAUGUCUCAUCACUGUCAUUUUUUUUAAUGCAUUUGGCAGACGUUUUUAUCCAAAGUGACUUACAGUGCCCUUAUUACAGGGACAAUCCCCCUGGAGCAACCUGGAGUUAAGUGCCUUGCUCAAGGACAUAAUGGUGGUGGCUGUGGGGAUCGAACCAGCAACCUUCUGCUUACCAGUUAAGUGCUUUAGUCCACUAUGCCACCACCACUACCUGUCAUGACUGCUAUGUUGCUUGGAACUGAAAAUUAUGUUAUGACCUGUAAUCACUUUUCUAUCUGACAAAUUGAUGAUUGUAAUCUUUAAUCUUGUCUUAUUCAUGUCAUUUUACUAGAAUGGUAACUAUUCAUGACAAGCACACUAUCGUUGAGAUUCUUUCUGCAUUUCAGGAUUAUGUUAAUUAAUUUUUUUUAUAUAUUCAGUUGUAUCCGAGAUACAAAAGGCCAUGAUUAAACUAAGCCCUAUCUUGAGCAGGAAAAGAGAAUUUUCAAAAACAAAACUCAUCGAUCACCUUCAGAAGGAGGGACAGAGAGAUGAUCACAUGGUAUCUGUAAAGGUACUUCUGAUUGGCUCAAGACACCUUUGGGGUGCGGCCAACCUCAACAGUACAAAGCCUCCCCGCCUAGGACGAACGUUCCCUCUUAUUCGCGUCUCUUCAUCCUCUUGCUGUUCUCUUCCCUCGUGGCUCUUAGCCUUCGCUUCGGCACCCCUCUGCCCAAGUUCCGCACAAUGUAGAGUCCAGGAAAGCUCAGAACGCAAAGUUCCGAAAAGAGUUCUCUGUGUUACAACUCACACUUGACGGGGAGUCGUGAGUCUUCCUUACGGAAUGGCUCGCUUCAUCAUCCCAGCAACAAACUAUCCACGAUCUUAACAGAGGUCCAAAACAUUGACGGAACAACAAGAACUUUCUACAAAGAACCAAAGCAACCCAAGGAAACACAAGUACAUCUCCAAACUUUCGCUGAAAAUGCUGAAUUGAGUUAGACUCAAUUAAGUAUCAAUGGUUCUCAAGGCAUUGUCUAUAGACUCCAUGAAGUUAAAUUUUCUCUGUACUGAUAAUUUCCAUUCACCUUCUGUUACAACUCACUUACCAACCUGUUGUUUAUGUUUGUCUAUUUGUGUUAGUUAGUUUUAUGUUUUAGAUUAGCAAUAAAGUCUUAUUUGUAUUCAAAGCUAAUUUGACUGCGGUAUGGCUUGAUAAUCUCGUCACUUGAUUUUUCAAAGAUCUGCGCUCCAAAGCUCGAACCAUAUCUAAACAUAUUUGUGAAUUAUUUUCAAUAAGCCAUGAGAAUAGUAUUACUCAAGUAAGUGAAGUAAUCAUAAUUCCCAUAUUAAAGCUAAUUCCUUACAUAGAAAUUGUGAGGGGAUAUCACGAGCCGUUGUAUUACAUUUUCAAUGGUGGAGAAUUUUAUUCAGAUUUCUAAUUUGAUCUUUUGUCAUUUAGCCUACAUAUUAAUGGUUGAGUACGUGAACAGUUUAAUAAAAAUUUGCUACAUAUUAAUGGCUGAGUACUCGGGCACUUUAAUCCAUACCAUGUGCAUUUAUACUACCAAAUUUCCAACAUAUUGAUUGUGGAUAAAUGCGGGUAUAUUUCAAUCUACCCAUUACAUUUAAUGUUCUAUUAUACAAUUCCUACAAGCCAUACACGUGUGCAUUGUGGAAAGAGUUUCACAUGGUCAAAAUGUCUCCGUGAUCAUCUGCUCUCUCACACUGGAGAAAGACCAUUUAACUGUGAUCAGUGUAGUAAAAGUUUUAUUGUGGAAUCAGCCCUGAAAAGACACCUGAAAGUUCAUACAAAGGAGAAACAUCACUUCUGUUCUAUUUGUGGAAAGGGUUUUGCACAUCCGGUGGAUGUAAAAGCACACCAGACUGGUGUAAAAAACAUAUGUGCUUUAGAGUGUGAAAAGUCUUUUACUACAGCCGCCCAAUUGAAAGAGGACCAGCGAAUCCACACUGGAGAGAAACCGUACCACUGCACUUUAUGUGGGAAAAGUUUCAUCCGAGCAAAUAGUCUAACGAUUCAUCUGAAAACAAGUCACAGUGAGCAAAAAUCAUCUUCAGAUCUAAUGCUGUCAGUUUAACAGUAUUCUAUUUAGACUCUUAACUCGAUGAUGGAAUUUCUCCAGAAAGUUCUCUAUGAUGUUACUUUACUAAAAUGUCAUAUACUGAAGUCUUGUUGGUAGUGUGUUGCUGUGAAAUGUUUCAUGUUUUGUAGAGAUAAUUGAAUUUAAUCGUAGUGGUUAAAAGACAAACUUGCUAUGAGAUCAUUAACACUUGACGCCAGCUUGUACUGUGUAAUCCAUUUAAAGCUGGGACGUGCUAGUUCUUGCUUGGAAAAAAUGCAUAGAUGUUGAUUUGAAUUGUUUUUUAUAAGGUCAGGAACAUCUCCUCACCUGCAAGAAUGGAAUCCAUUAAUGUGACGUCAAUAGUACACAUCAACUUAUUCCUAAAUAAAGACUGGGACAUCUUUUA